AUGGAGAUACUAAAAGAACCACAAGGCUAUAUAGUGAGUCAAAGGAAAUUUACCUUGGAUUUGUUGGCUGAGUUUGAUUGCAAAGGGGCUUCUGUUUCAUCUCCUCUUGAUCCAUAUUCCAAAUUGCAUGCUGACUCAGAACCACUCAUGGAGUAUCCCACUAUUUAUCGGUGUUUGGUUGGUAAGCUUAAUUAUCUUACCAACACACGCCCAGAUAUCUGCUUUGCUGUGCUUUGCCUCAGUCAGUUUAUGCAAAGACCCUCUCUUUCUCACUUCUCUGCUGGUCUUAGAGUCCUUCGAUACCUUAGAUCAGACCCAGGCCAAGGCAUUCUCCUCUCCUCUGCUCCCUCUUUUGAUCUUGUUGCCUUUUGCGACGCUGACUGGGCUGCCUGUAAGGAUUCUCGUCGAUCCAUCAAUGGAUUUUUCAUUACCCUUAGUGGUGCUCCUAUUUCAUGGAAAUCGAAGAAGUAG